AUGUGGCUCAAAAGAUUCAGACAUUUGGUGGGAAGUUUCCUCUACGAUAAUACCGUAGAGGAAGAGUACUACAAGAAAAUGCGACAAAAGUCGUCCUCGAAUAGUGCCUUUAUUGUUGGUAUGGUGGCAGCUGUCGGCGGUUUCCUUUACGGCUACGAUACUGGUCUCAUUAACGACAUCAUGGAGAUGAAUUAUGUCAAAAGCCACAUUCCCGGCAACAAGGAGGGCUUCACUGUCCAUGAGAGAGCACUCAUCACAGCUAUUUUGCUGUUGGGUACGUUUAUUGGUGCUUUGAUUGCUCCUCUACUAUCUGAUACCUACGGAAGAAAAUUUUCCAUCAUUCUUUCCUCGGCCAUUAUUUUCAACUUGGGGAACGCCCUUCAGGUUCUGGCCACGGAAGUUAAGCUCUUGUGUGCUGGGCGUGCAAUUUCAGGUUUGGCUGUGGGUAUCUUAUCCGCUAUUGUUCCGUUGUAUCAAGCUGAAGCCUCGCCAAAGUGGGUGCGUGGAUCUAUUGUGUUCACGUAUCAGUGGGCUAUCACAUGGGGACUUCUAAUAGCGCUGGCCGUUUGUCAGGGGACGCGAAAGAUACUGUCGACUGCCUCUUAUCGUAUCCCUAUUGGUCUCCAAUUUUUGUGGGCGGGGAUGUUAUGCCUUGGUAUGCUCUUUUUACCAGAGAGUCCGCGUUACUACGUCCAGAAGAACAAUAUUCAAGCAGCGCUUCGAAGUCUUAGUAAGCUUCGAAGACUUCCAGAUGAUGAUGCCGAUCUUAUUGAGGAGUUAGUCGAGAUCAAAGCCAACUAUGAUUAUGAAAUGUCAUUCGGUAAGACAACAAUCUUAGACUGUUUUCGCCUGGGAGGCGGCCGUCAUAAGCAAAAGCUAAGAAUCACUACAGGAAUGGGGGUUCAUGCCUUCCAGCAGUGUUCAGGUAUCAACUUUAUCUUUUACUACGGAGUGAACUUCUUUGCUUCUACAGGUAUCCAGAACUACUAUUUGAUGUCCUUUAUCACAUACUUGGUGAAUGUGCUUUUCACUAUUCCUGGUAUCAUAUUAAUUGAUAUCGUUGGACGUCGUCAGCUAUUACUUUAUGGAGGAGUCGGUAUGUCAGUAUGCAACUUUACCAUUGCCAUUAUUGGUGUGACAGUUGGUAACCAAGAGAGCAAAUCAAUUGUGAGUAUUGUUUUCUCGUGCUGUUUUAUUGCAUGCUUUGCUUCCACUUGGGGUGGUUGCGUUUGGGCACUUGCCUCUGAUAUCUACGGUAUUAGUAUUCGUCAGAAGGCAGUUGCAAUAACAGCUUCAUCCAACUGGUUGGUGAAUUUUACAUUUGCAUACAUCACUCCGUAUUUGAUUGAUACCGGUCUGCACACAGCGGCUUUGGGAAACAAAAUCUUCUUCAUUUGGGGAGGCUGCAAUGCACUUGGAACUGUGUUUGUCUACUUCAUGGUUUACGAAACGAAGGGACUUAAAUUGGAAGAAGUGGACUUCAUGUACCUCAAUUGUGAAAACUCAAGGGCAUCCACCAAGUUCAAGAGUCGGACAAUUGACUACUCCAAUAUGCCUACCGGUCCUUGUGACCAGAGUCUCGUUGGUACCCCGCCAAAUCAUGAAUGGGCUUCACGCAACCUUAACGACAAAGAAAUUCUGAACUCUUCAUCCUCGCCAGGAGCACAUGACGAUCAUAAUGCACCUUCAGUUCAUGGAUCUGAUACAGACUUGGAGCCAGACGUUUCUGACGAACAAUUGGGACCGCAAGUUACCAUGGUACCCCACAACAAUAUUUUGGCGCCUUCGUUAAGUAACACGUCCAGCGAAUCAUCUGAAAAUUCGCUCAUGUCUACACACUCUGCUACAGAUUAUCAAAAAUACUUACAAAGUCUCCAGAAAGAGACCACCUUGACUACCAAAAGGCAUCCUCUGACAUCGCAAACAUCGAAUUCUAUUCUAAGGAUUCCCGGUGCAUCCAACAAAUACACUGGAACUCAAUCUGCUUCUAUCAUGCGGUUGAACUCCAGCCAAUCGCAUACCGGUACGUCGCUCACCAAUACCGACUCGUUUGCAUCCGCCAACUUGCCAGAGAAUAUGAGUUUAGGUUUACAACUGAAUGGAAACAUGAAGAUCAUCGCCGCGCCAUUUUUCAAUAAUCCACCUAGCGACUCAGAUUCCGAUUGA